ACCUGUGUGUUGACUGCCUGCAGUUCACUUUAGGCUCCGCUCAGAUACCCUCUCUCAACCUUUCAGCACCUCGCCUCUUCUCUUCUACCUGCGGCCAUGAGGACCACGGUGCUGGCUGUUGUCAUGGUGACGUGCCUGAUGAUGGUGGUGGACGCUGAUGUGAAGCCACAGAGAGACUUCAACCUGCAGAGGUUUGCAGGGAAAUGGUACCGUGUGGGUCUGGCCUAUGAUGCUCCAAGUUUUGUCCCCUUCAGAGACAGGAUGAAAGCGUCCAUGGGCAUCAUCACAGAGCUGCCCAACGGGAACGUUAACCUCACCAUGUGGGAUUCCAUGCCGUGGGGCUGUCAGAGUAAAACGUACCACUAUGAGAGGACCACUGUUCCUGGACAGUUCACCUACUUCAGCACACGCCAUAACAUGGUGAAGGACAUCACAGUGGUGGACACAAACUACAGUGAAUACGCUGUGGUUCUCAAACACAAGGUUUUUAACAGAGAGUACACACAGGUGGCACUUUACGGUCGUUCUCUCAGACUGAAGAUCGAUAUCAUUCAGAGGUUUAAAGGCUUCGCCUCGUCCCGAGGUUUAUCCAGAGAUUCUAUUCUGACUCCACCUCCAGCAGAGAACUGCCCACCCUCUGCAUCUGGACGUUAGGUCGAUCGGUUUCUUUUGGAAACCAAAGGCAGUUCAACUCAGAUUCACGUGUGUGUGUGUGUGUGUGUGUGUGUGUGUGUGUGUGUGUGUGUGUGUGUGUGUGUGUGUGUGUGUGUGUGUGUGUGUGUGUGUGUGUGUGUGUGUGUGUGUGUGUGUCUGUUUCUGCCUCCAGGUUCCCUCAUGUACCUCAGAUCAAGUGUUUUCUUCUUUUCUCUGAAGUACAGAAAAGCAAAACUCAUCUUUCUGGCUGCAAACACGAUGAAUGAUACAUUUAUGAAUCCUCUUCUAAAACCUAUUUUAUGUAACGUUUUACUUCAUUUGUAUUGUUCUGCUGUGAUGACGUAGUUAAAUAAAGAAAUAGAAAAUAGAAAAA